AUGAUCGGAAGGAGUGGCAGAAAUCUUUUCAAAAGUAGAUGCCUCCAAGUGAGACAAUUCUCGCGAACUAGUGUAUCCUCAAUUACUGAGCAAGUGAGGUCUAAAAGAGCUACUGAUGAUGAAGUUGCUAUUUCGUCAAAUAGGGUAGAAAAUGUCAAUACUAGCAUGGCGGGUGUGAAAAAUCUCCAUAAAAAAGAGGAGCAUACCAUAAGGAAGGGGCCUUGUACUGAUCAUAUGGAUGAUUCGUUCAUUGGGAAAGAUGGAGGAGAGAUUUUCCUUGAAAUGAUGAAGCGCCAUAACGUAGAAGCAAUUUUUGGAUACCCUGGAGGAGCAAUUUUACCAGUUUUCAAUGCGAUUUAUAACUCUGACGCAUUUAAGUUCGUGCUCCCGAAGCAUGAGCAGGGUGCUGGACACAUGGCUGAAGGCUAUGCUCGCGCAUCUGGCAAGACUGGUGUUGUUCUCGUUACAUCUGGUCCUGGGGCAACUAAUGUUGUGACUCCAAUGGCGGAUGCUCUGGCAGAUGGUGUGCCGAUGGUGGUAUUUACUGGCCAAGUACCGAAGACUGCGCUUGGAACUGAUGCGUUUCAGGAAGCAGAUAUUUUAGGGAUUUCGAGACCAUGUACAAAAUGGAAUGUUAUGGUAAGGCAUGUGGAGGAAUUACCUCGUAGAAUUAACGAGGCUUUUGAGAUAGCGAAGUCUGGACGGCCUGGUCCAGUUCUCGUUGAUCUUCCAAAGGACGUGGCGGCUUCUGUUCUUAAACAUUCUAUCCCGAUGAAGUCUACAUUGCCAUCUGACACUCUUGCGCAGUUGACACGCAGGCUUGUUGAUGAAAACAGCGUUAAGAGUGUUCUUGAUGCGGCCAAAUUAAUCAACAAGGCAACGAGGCCCGUGCUAUAUGUGGGAGCAGGGAUCUUCAACAGUCCAAAUGGGCCUCGUGUAUUAAAAGAAUUGGCUGAUCGUGCUCAAAUUCCUGUUACUACGACAUUGCAAGGGUUAGGUGCGUUUGAUCAGGAUGAUCCUAAGUCUCUUGAUAUGCUUGGAAUGCAUGGCAGUGCCGCAGCAAACCUUGUGAUGCAGAGUGCGGACUUAAUCAUUGCAGUAGGCGCGCGUUUUGAUGAUCGUGUCACAGGUAAUAUUGCCAAGUUUGCACCCGAGGCGCGUAAGGCUGCCGCUGAAAACCGCGGUGGAAUUAUACAUUUUGAAAUUCUACCUAAAAACAUCAACAAGGUUGUGGAAGCUCAAGUUGCAGUAGAAGGAGAUGUCACAGCCAACCUAGAAAAAGUGCUUCCUUUAGUGAAUCCUGUGCGCGAAAGAAAAGAAUGGCUAUCGCAGGUUUUUUCAUGGAAGCAGAAGUACCCUUAUGAAUACGAGAAAGAGUAUGAGGGUUCAAGAAUCAUGCCACAAACACUAAUAUCCACAUUAUCUGAUAUUGCUAAUGCUUCAGGAAAAGAUGUCAUUGUAACUACUGGAGUGGGGCAGCACCAAAUGUGGGCUGCGCAGCAUUGGAAUUGGAAGAAACCUAGGACAUUUAUAACUUCUGGAGGGCUUGGAACAAUGGGGUACGGUCUCCCUGCUGCAAUUGGAGCCCAAAUUGCCUGCCCAGACUCAAUGGUCAUUGACAUCGAUGGUGAUGCCUCUUUUAACAUGACCCUAACAGAAAUGUCAAGCGCUAUACAAUGUAAAGCUCCAGUUAAGGUCCUUCUUUUAAAUAAUGAAGAACAGGGAAUGGUUACACAGUGGCAGUCUUUGUUUUACGAAGACCGUUUCUCCCAUACGCAUCAACUAAACCCAGAUUUUAUUCGUCUUGCUGAGUCAAUGGGAUGGGUGGCUAUGCGGCUGGAGAGGCAAGAGGACAUGCAUAAGAUUCUAAACGAAUUUGUUAAUUGUACUAGGCCAGUGCUUUUAGAUGUCAAGGUAGAAAAGAAGGUUCCAGUUUUACCAAUGGUUCCAGCGGGUAAGGCACUACAUGAGUUCAUAAACUACGAUCCUGAGAUAGAAAAACAAAGGAAAGAACUGCGUCGCAUCAGGACGAAUGGUAAAUAUUAG